AUGUCUUCUUUGAGCAAUGGCAACCAGGGGCCUGAACCAGCGAAGACUCCCAAGAAGCUGGUCCUCUGUUUUGACGGCACUGGCAACACUUUCACGGGGUCGAACUCUGACACGAAUGUCGUGAAGAUAUUGAGCAAACUCGAUCGUAACGACCCACACCAGUAUCAUUAUUACCAGACUGGUAUUGGUACAUACGACAUCAACGAUGAAUCUGUCAACAAGAGCGUCUUUGGCCAGAUCAAGAGUUACAUUUCUCAGACAAUUGAUCAGGCGGUGGGCACCACCUUCGACAGCCACGUCAUGGCUGGGUACAGGUUCUUGAUGCGGUACUACGACUCUGGCGACAAGAUUUACAUGUUUGGGUUCAGCCGCGGUGCCUUCACUGCCAAGUUCUUAGCCCGCAUGAUCAAUACCGUGGGACUUCUUUGCAAAGGCCAGGAGGAGAUGGUCCCCUUCGCGUACCGCCUCUAUCAGCGCUACCUGGCCGGUGAGGUCGAGGACUUCAAUGUGGCGCAUCCCAAGAAGUCCAAAAGGAGGAAGAACGCGAACAAGAAGAACGCCGCUCCCCCGGCCGAGCCGGCACCGCUACCGGAGGAGGACGCCGAACCUCUCCACAACGGCCACGGAGAGGAAGAUGGUAUAUGCGCAGACCCAACUACCCAUGGUCACAGGUUCGAGAUCGCCCGCGACGAGAUCGCAGCUUUCAGUGACACCUUCUGCCGCAAGGAGAAGGUGACGCACUGCGGGAAGGUGACGGAGGAAAACAUCAAGGUCUACUUCCUCGGCAUCUGGGACUGCGUCAACUCCGUCGCCGUCCUGGAGCGGACCGCCCCGGUCCCAGUACCGGUCAUCGGCACGGCAAACCACGUCCGCCACGCGGUGGCCAUAGACGAGCGGCGCGUCAAGUUCAAGGCCGCCCUGCUCGCCCAGGACAAGGAAGACGCCGAGCACAACCACGAGGACAUCAAGGAGGUGUGGUUCCCGGGGUGCCACGGCGACGUCGGCGGCGGUUGGCCCGCCUCCAAGGACAACGCGUUCGACAACGGCAAGGAAAUGACGUUCUGGGAGCGCGUCAAGCACUACUGGACGACGCGCAGGAACAAGGAGCCGGCCAAGCCCCUGGGUGCCGGCCGUCUCCAGCUGAGUGACGUCCCGCUUGCGUGGAUGAUCCGUGAGGUUGAGCUCGUGGGCGAGCAGGACCCAUCUGCGGCGCUCAAGUGGCGCAAAAAUGUGCAUGAGUUCAAGGAACAUUUCUCCAAGAAGAAGGACCAUGCAAUGAGGGGAGCUAUUCAUGACUCGCUUGCAUUGGGCCGCGGCACAGGCUUGUUCAAGGUGCUGUUGUGGAAGUUCAUGGAAUGGCUCCCCAUCAUCAAGCGCUGGGAGCUCGAGAUCCAGGGGUGGGUGAACAUGCGCUUCCCGCUCAACAAGGGCAGCACGCGCGACAUCCCGAAGGAUGCGGUCCUUCACGAGUCUCUCCUCUGGCGCCUCACGCACGACGACAAGUACUGCCCUGUGAACAACCAUGGUGGCAGGCAACUGCCUUGCUUGAAGCACAAGAACACUGUUGCCGAGUGCCUCCCUGUUGAAGAGCAUGAACAUACCCCGGACUGCGACCACAAAACAUUCAAGAUCAAGAGAUCUGCAUCUGAUAUUGCGAGCAUGACUUAG